AUGGCAUUCCUUGAGGACCCCCGACUGCGACAACGCUGGAAUCAGAUUGCGCACGAUACCGAGACGAUAACAGAGAAUGCUGCGGCUGGCAUUUGGACGUUUCAGCAUAAUUACAUCAACCCUUGCUUCGCAUCCAUCGCAAACUCGUUUGAACAGUGUACAGCUGUUUGUUUAGGCGACCCCGAAGAACGUUUGCGACGACGAAGAGAAAGAGAACUGUCGCACAGUAGGGCUGAAUACAGUUUCGAUUUUUAUGAUGAUUGGUACGAGGAAGAGCAGAGUGGUCUCUUUGGCACAUGGGGCAACGAGGAUUGGGACCGAUUGCUGGCUGGGACCGGUAGCUCACGAAAGCAUAAUGGAGGAGAGACGGAACAGCCACGCAGGAAACGUGGUAUGAGUUAUGGAACGAAAGACCGACGACGAAAACCAAGUAUGGACGAUGACCCGACUGUUAUUCCCAAGACACAACCAAUUGGAUUCCUCAGCAAACUACCAUGGAAGGUGGGCGGUACUCUACGAUACAAACCUAGUGCGGCAGAUCUACAGGACCACCCACAGCGACAUGGCAUUGGGGAGAAUGAACCAUUGCUAUAUUCCGAUGAAGAUAUGGACCUCGAUCUCAACCUACCGGUGACUAGAAAGCGCAGCGGGACGACAGGGUCGGGCGAUACAUCGGAUUCAUAUCGAUCACGAGGAGAUUUAUUUCCAAGUGAUGGCGAAGGCGAAGAAGACGCCGUUCCAUUAGACGAUGAAGUAACAUACGAUAUGGUCAGAAAAGACGACAGGAGCGGACGAAGCGGCAGGACAAGCAGUAAAGGCAAAAGACCAGCAGGUCUAGCAUCAAGGACGGUUUCACGAACAACAUUAGCAUCAUCUACAUCGAACGACAAUUUCCGAAUGGAGCGUCGAUCAACAUCAUACUCUAUUACACCUGAUGCACAAGAGACACCAACUUUACACGAUUUGGAACGGGAAGAAUAUCUGCUACAAAAAGAGGAAGACGAGGCUGUGGAGAGAAAGAAACAAGCUGCAGCACAACUUGCAGCAGAAAAGGGUCUUUCAAGGGCUGAGCCACGAUCUUCCACUGAAAGAAAACCGCAAGUGGCAGAGGACGAUGUUUAUGAAGCAUCGCCCUCCAAAGCUGCGUGUCAACAUGUGGAAGAAGUCGAGGAUAAACUACACGUAUCAAAGCGAGGCGACUCACAACGUGCAAAGAGUCCACAACAAGACGACCCAGAAUCGCCAGAAAAGACAGACUUUGUCCCAGCGCGUUUACCACACUUCUAA